AUGACAUCGCCUACUGGUCUGUCAUCAACAGUAUUAUAUCAUGUAAUAUUUCUCAAAGGAAGUAAUUUGGUACCAUCUGAUGCAUAUCAAAAACAAGUAACUAAUGAGAAACUUGAACAUUUACUUCGUUCAGCUAAGUUAGGUAAUAUAAAUAUGUUACGAAUUUGGGAUGGUGGUAUAUAUGAACGUGAUUUAUUUUAUGAAAGAGCUGAUCAUUUAGGCAUUAUGCUUUAG